CGAUUGCAUCUGGCCAAUAAAAUACAAGACAAGGAAAAAAAAUAACCUGGCAUCUCUUUUAAGAGUCUUAUGUAAAGUUUCAUGAUAGUCAACUUAUUUAUGAUCUACUUUAGAUUUUCUAAAUCUAGACUAGGUUUAGAAAUAGAACUUAAUAUCUAGUUUCAUUUGGCAUAGAGGUGAAAUUAUUGAAAAGCUGCAAUGGAUGUAGUACUGGAUUAUGCUGAUCACUAUAUUUUGACUCCUUAUGUAUAUCCAUCCACAUGGCCUGAAAAUGAUCCAUGGAGACAGAUAGCCUCCCUUCUACUCAUAGCCAAUAUAGGAGGCUACAUCUUGUAUUUCAUAUCAGCAACAUUUAGUUACUUUUUUAUCUUUGAUCACCGUCUUAUGAAACAUCCACAGAUUCUAGAUAAUCAGAUAAGGAAAGAGAUCAUGUGUACAGUAAUAUCUGUUCCGUUCAUGAGCAUCCCAACAGUGACAAUGUUCUUUCUGGAGGUCAGGGGUUACAGCAAAUUAUAUGACAAUGUUGGUGAUACAAGACUAGGCUAUGCAGGUGUUGUGUUGAGCAUGUUUACAUUCAUAGCCUUCACUGAUAUGUGUAUCUACUGGAUUCAUCGAUUCCUUCACCACAAGCUGGUAUACAAACACUUACACAAACUGCACCACAAAUGGAAGGUUCCAACACCAUUUGCAAGCCAUGCAUUUCAUCCUCUGGAUGGUUUCUUACAGAGUUUACCAUACCAUGUUUACCCAUUUUUGUUUCCACUUCACAAGGUCACAUAUCUUGGGCUGUUUCUUUUUGUCAAUGUCUGGACCGUGUCCAUCCAUGAUGGAGACUUUAGGGUGCCAGAGACUCUCAAGCCCAUAGUAAACGGCAGUGCACACCACAUGGACCAUCACUUGUUUUACAAUUACAACUAUGGCCAGUUCUUCACCCUUUGGGACAGGAUUGGUGGCUCCUUCAAGUAUCCAAGCUCCUUUGAUGGCUGCGGUCCCAUUGACCUGAUUUUAUCUAAAGAAAAAGAGAAUGGCAGGUUAAAACCUGAACACAUAAAAAAUGGCAAGAAAAGAGAUUAGUACAUGUUUUAGGUUAAAUUAAUUAGUCACCUAUUGUUCAGUAAUACAAAACAAUCUCUCAUAUUUUAUAUGGUAGGAUUAAAGUGCCUUCUUGGCAUAAAUGGUUUUAGGGCUUCUAUGUAGGUUUUCCCAAUCAUAUCAGCUGAUGGCAUUCUUAAAAUAAUCAAUUUAAAAAAAAAUUUAAUACAACUUCAGUAUUUUUCUUUAUAUGGUAUAUUUAAAAUCCAUUCAACUACAUUAUUAUAUACAGAUUUAAUAUACAGUUUUAUGUGCUUUAGUGGACCAUUUUUCAGAGUAUUUAUUACUGUAUAAAAAUAUGCGUUCUUCUAGUGUUGUGAAAUGACAUUCAUUUGUUGAUAUAAAGUAGAUGUGUGAAAAGCUGGUUUUGGGUCAGAUCAAUUUUGAAGGUUUUUUGUUUAUUAUUGCUAAAGAAUUUUCUAUCAAGUUAAAAUAUUCUAGGUAGACAUGUUAAAUUUUGUAUACAUUUAUUUAUUUAUUACUAAUAAAAUUAAGGCAUUGUUUCAAGAUUGCCUUGCCACGUAGCAAGUGCUGCCACUUGAGGAGUAUUGCAGACUUUGAAAUUUAAAUUCUUUGCGAAAGUGUAUGAUCACCUCAUGACUUCUGUCUAUUGAUGUUGGCCUGUUUGUUACUUAUUGAAUUUCAAAGCUCAAUUUAAACAAAAAACCAUACAUUGUGAAAAAUUUCAUACUAAAGCUAUAUAUCUCAAAUAAUUAUUGUGAAGGAAAUUAAUAUCUAUUUUGACACAGAAGAAAGAACUAUAUUUCAUUUCUUACCUAGUAACAAAUUCAAUGUUUUGAAAGAUAUUGACAAGUGCUAUUUCCCAAAGUUCCUGUAAGCAGCAGGGUAUUGCCAGUUUAUAGGUCCCAUACUAUUGUGUUGACAAUCAAAAAUGCAUACCAAUGAACAAGGAGCCAUCAAGAAAUAUUUCAAGUUUUAAAGACCCUAUGUUUCAUAGUAUAAUGAUCAUAAAUAUUUUAUCCUAUGUCUGUAUUGUUAUACAGUAUCCUUAUUUGAAUUUAAAGACUCAUGUAUAAGCAAUAGUGAAUGAUGUCAUAUGUACUAUGCUAUUUUUAAGAAAAUUAUUAACUGUAAUAAAGGGCAUUUUCCAAAAAUUACUGUA